AUGGCACAUUCUGAUACCUUUCCCGUUGGUUACAAGUUUCAUCCAAGAGACGACGAGUUAGUCGGAUACUAUCUGUAUAACAAGGUUCGUGGCACACCUUUUAGGGAUGAGAAUGUUAUUCCUGAGAUCGAUCUUUAUGGUAGCAUGGAGGCAAGAGAUAUAUGGAAUAACAAUGGCGGACAGAAUUUAGAAAAGGAUGAAGACCUUUAUUUCUUCACCAAGCUGAAGCCGGCCAAGGGUACGGGUUCCCGAGUGGCUCGCACCAUAGGGUCUGGGACAUGGAAGGGCGAGACCGCAGGGGCUGAAGUCCAGGAUCCCAAGACUAAGGAGACGAUAGGUUUCUUUAAAAGGUAUCAAUACAAGAAUACUAAGUAUCCUCAAGAAAGCGGUUGCUGGAUUAUGCACGAGUUUAGCCUUCACCCUAAACAGGUCAUGCGCAUUAACUCAAGUCCAAGUAGUCGUCCGAAUGAUGCUGAAUAUGUAGUCUGCCGGGUUCGAAAGAACUUUGACAGAAAGAGAAAGGCGGAGGAUCACGAGGAGACUGGUGGAGUACAAUCCCAGAGCAAAAGGAUUCGGAUGCAAUCAGAGAAUAUUGAUGAAUCCUAUGUUACUCCCAUGUCUUCUGAGGUUAAUAGCGAUCGCUACAAUCAGCAGCAGCAGGAGCAGACUACUAUUAAUGCAACUAGUACUAGUAGUAGUAUUAGUGUGACUAAUGUGGAUCAGCCACUUUACUACUAUUGUGAGCCAGAACAGUACUCUGAGGUUAUUAAUCAGUAUGAGAUUCCGCAGGCGACUGCUACUAGUGAUCCUCUCAACGUUACAAACUUGCCAACUAGGCCUGCUGAGCAGCAACACUACUUUGUUAUACAAGACCCAACUGUGGCUUCCUCAUCACUGGCUAUGGCUGGGCCAGACAAUCAGGAGCAACAAAUGCAGAGUAAUGUAACAGACUUGCCACAAUACUACUAUGAUACAGAAGAACCGAUGACGAUUAUGGCGAUGCCAGAUGAUUACGUAUGUGUCCCUGAGCUAAAUUUUGUCGUAGACCCAGCUAUGGCCUCUUCACUAGGUAUGUCUAUGUCUAGCCAAGAAGACUAUCUUCAGCACAAUGGUUUUGUAACUAAUGUUAUGACGGGCUUGCCACAGUACUACUACUCCAGUACACAAGACCCAAGUACUGUUUCCUCUCAGUAUGAUCCGCCGCAGACUGCUACUACUGGGUUUGCUAAUCAACCACACUAUUUCGUUACGCAAGACCACCAGCCAGACUACGUUGUUGCCGAUCCCAUCGUGGCUUCUUCACUAGCUAGUCCAGCCAAUCUUCAUCAGAAUCAUCAUAUUAUGGAUAUGGAUCAACUUCUGCCUCUUAAUUUUGACUACACCCCUGGUGACACUAUGAUAGACUUGGACGACCUUUGGAACAAUUAA